UUGCGGCAACGGGAGGAGGAGCAGCAGCGGAGGCGGCGGCGGCAGUAGCAGUGGCAGCAGUGUCGGCGACAGCGGCGAGGUGGUGAAGAGAGAGAGAGUGAGAGAGACAGAGAGACAGACAGGGAGAGAGAGAGAGAGAGAGAGAGGGGACAGCCGCCAGCAGGACAGCUCGUACGCGCAGUUCACAGGCACAGCUCGGGGUGGGAUUUUCAAACGCAGCCGCAGCCCAGUCGGCAGCCCGUCCGCUAGUGCUGGUCCGAGAGGGUCUGGCUGCCGGAGAUUUAGUAAGAACUUCGAGAUCUCUCCGCCGGGGACCAGCAGCAUCUUGAGCUCCCUCCCUCACACACACACACACACACACGCAGACACACAGAGAGACAGAGACAGAGACACACACACUCACACACAGCUACCUAGAGAGAGCGCGGGGAAGCACCCUCUCCGAGAGUCCAGAGUGAGCCGAUUGAAAGGAACCGGGGCCUGGAAGUAAACUUUGGCUGCGAGAGCAGGCAAGCUAGCGAGCGGGCGGGCGAGCGAGGGAGGGAGCGAGCCGCGGUGGCCUGGCCAGGGCAGCCGUGCGUGGAACCGGAUGCCUGCAAGAAGAGGAUGAGCUCUGGGGAAUUUGAUCUGCCAGCUGCUGCGCCGAUUUCGCACCCACCCCAGCGGAGCUAGAGGUAGAAGGCGAGCCCGCACCUGCGGUAUCUGACUUUCCGUGCCAAUCCCUAGCGUUGUGAUUUCUCCAUCCUCUCUCCCCGAUCUCCUUCCCCACUCCCCCCACCCGAGCUAUUUGAAAGAACUGAGACUUUGAUUUCCUCGGGCAAAUCCCCUCCUCUCUCAGGCUCCCCAGGCACUUGGCUCCCAAACUUGAGGUGGUGGGGGGAGUGCGCCCCGGGGUGCGGUGGUGGUAACUUUGAUUGCUCGAACUCGAGCCGCCCGCUGCCCUUUGCCUCGCUGGGGGCGAUUCCCUGCAGACGGCCCGCCUGUCGAUGUAAGCGGACCGACGGGCGCAGGAAAAAAAAUCUCUUUCUUUGCUAACGAGAGCAGCCGCUUCCGCAGCCUCUCCCUCUGUCCGCUGGCCUGAGCCCUGGGACCCAGGAGCGGCUGAGAAGCCCCGGCGUCUGCAGGACUUUCCGCCAACCUCAGCCACAGACGCGGCUCUCCUCCUUUCCCCUUCCCUGGGCAUUAACCUAAAUAGAUUUAUUUCUCUAGCUUAAAAGCAGAACAAAAACAGCAUCCAGGCUGACCAAGCCAUAAGGACUCGCUUAAAGUGUGCCUGUUUUCUGCAGUAAGAUUUGUGCAUUUUGGGGAAGGGGGGUGGUGGAGAUAUUUGCGCAUGCCAGGUGCAAAGAUAGCUAAAUCCCUCAUACAGUGACUGUGUGUGUGUGUGAGUGAGUGUGUGAGAGAGAGUGUGUGUGUGUGCGUGCGUGCGUGCGCGGAGCUCGGUGGCUGUGGUCUUGCCUGGGUUUUAGCUUCUCGUUUGUUUCGGUAACUUCUGUUUUUGACUCGGCUGCUCCCCGGGCCGGCCAGCAGAAACCUCGGUGCUCCUCCGUGCCUGCAAUCCGCCCCCCCUCGUCUCGGAUCGGAGGGGCUGUUGAUCGCCUCGAACUUUCAAGGGGCUGAAACUGCAAAGGGGGGGCGAAAUUGACUAGCAGGGCAGUCGGGAGCUAGGAGAAGAGCUGAGCCAGCGCGCUAGCUCUCUCGCCCUAUUUCUGUCUCCUCUCACUGUCUUUCCCAGCCUUUCUCUCCACAUCCCCGGCUUUAGUUCGCCUCCUGAUUCUGUUUUCUUCCUGCUCAGCAGGACCCAGCCUCUCAGCUCCUUCUUCACGCUUCUUUUCUCCCCGCCAAAAAAAAAUUAUUGGAAACAAAACAAAAAUUCAACAGGCGGCCCCCGUGAGAGAACAACCCUGUUUCUCAAAGGUGCCCGCAAAAAAGGCGUCACGGAGCCUAGAAAAAUGGAUUCUUUUUUGCCCAUGCUGCUCCUCGAGGCUUUACUAUGGACUCAGGCGUCAUCUUUGAUUAACUUAAAAUACUCUGUAGAGGAGGAGCAGCGAGCGGGCACAGUGAUUGCAAAUGUCGCCAAAGAUGCCCGGGAAGCCGGCUUUUUGCUGGACGCCCGGCAGCCCGCCUUCCGGGUGGUCUCCAACUCGGCCCCCCACCUGGUGGACAUCAACCCCAACUCUGGGAUGCUGGUCACCAAACAGAAAAUCGACCGGGACCUGCUGUGCCACCAGAGCCCCAAAUGCGUGAUCUCCCUGGAGGUGAUGUCCAGCUCCAUGGAGAUCUGCGUGGUCAAGGUGGAGAUCAAGGACCUGAACGACAACACGCCCAUCUUCCCCAACUCGCAGAUCGAGCUGGAGAUCUCCGAGACAGCCAGCCCUGGCACGCGCAUCCCCCUGGACGGCGCCUACGACCCAGACUCGGGCAGUUUCGGGGUGCAGACGUACGAGAUCACGCCCAACGACCUCUUUGGCCUGGAGGUGAAGACGCGCGGCGACGGCUCCCGCUUCGCCGAGCUGGUGGUGGAGAAAAACCUGGACCGCGAGACCCAGGCCUACUAUAACUACCGCAUCACGGCCCUGGACGGGGGUGACCCGCCGCGUAUGGGCACCGUGGGGCUCGGCAUCAAGGUGAUCGACUCCAACGACAACAACCCGGUGUUCCCGGAAGCUACCUACGUGGUGAGUGUCCCAGAGAACGCACCUCUCAACACGCCCGUCAUCCACCUCAACGCCACCGACCCCGACGAGGGUACCAACGGCGAGGUGGUCUACUCCUUCUACGGCUAUGUCAACGAGAAGGCCCGCGGCCUCUUCCAGAUCGAUCCGCACAGCGGGCUCAUCUCCGUGAGCGGGGCCAUUGACUACGAGCAGGGCCGCGUCUACGAGCUGGACGUGCAGGCCAAGGACUUGGGACCCAACUCCAUCCCGGCCCACUGCAAGGUCACGGUGACCGUGCUGGACGUCAACGACAACGCGCCGGUCAUCAACCUGCUGUCGGUCAACAGUGAGCUGGUGGAGGUGAGUGAGAGUGCCCCACCGGGCUACGUGAUCGCCCUGGUGCGGGUGUCCGACCGCGACUCGGGCGCCAAUGGUCGGGUGCAGUGCCGCUUGUUGGGCAACGUGCCCUUCCGCCUCCAGGAGUACGAGAGCUUCUCCACCAUCCUGGUGGACGGGCGCCUGGAUCGCGAGCAGCGGGACCAGUACAACCUGACCAUUCAGGCCCGCGACGGCGGCGUGCCCUCUCUGCAGAGCACCAAGUCCUUCACUGUCAAGAUCACGGACGAAAACGACAACCACCCCCACUUCUCCAAGGCCUACUACCAGGUCAUCGUGCAGGAGAACAACACUCCUGGGGCCUAUCUGCUCUCGGUCUCGGCCAGGGACCCGGACUUGGGCCUCAACGGCAGCGUCUCCUACCAGAUUGUUCCCUCGCAGGUGCGGGACAUGCCUGUCUUCACCUACGUGUCCAUCAACCCCAACUCGGGGGACAUCUACGCCCUGCGCUCCUUCAACCACGAACAGACUAAGGCGUUCGAGUUCAAGGUGCUGGCCAAGGACGGUGGCAAUCCGUCGCUGCAGAGCAAUGCCACCGUCCGGGUCAUUGUCCUCGACGUGAAUGACAAUACCCCGGUGAUCACGGCGCCGCCCCUGGUCAACGGCACGGCCGAAGUCUACAUCCCCCGAAACGCGGGGGUGGGCUACCUGGUGACCGUGGUCAAGGCCGAUGACUACGACGAGGGGGAGAACGGGAGGGUCACCUAUGACAUGACCGAGGGCGACCGGGGCUUUUUCGUGAUCGACCAAGCCAACGGCGAGGUCCGCACCACCCGGACCUUCGGGGACAGCUCCAAAGCCACCUACGAGAUCAUCGUGGUGGCCCACGACCACGGCAAGACCUCCCUGUCGGCGUCCGCCUUGGUCCUGAUCUACCUGUCCCCGACUCUGGACGCGCAGGAGUCCGUGGGCUCGGUGAACCUGUCCCUGAUUUUCAUCAUCGCUCUGGGCUCCAUCGCUGCCAUUCUCUUCGUCACCAUGAUCUUCGUGGCGGUGAAAUGUAAGAGGGACAACAAGGAGAUCCGGACCUACAACUGCAGCAGCUGUCUAGCCAUCCCUCGCCUCUUCUGCCAUUUCAUAAAAAGGCCCCAACGGCAAGUGGAGGGCCUGCGGCUCUGUUUCUCCUGGGAGCAGGGAGGAAGGCACAAAAGCAGGGGAGAAACGGAGCCUACCGGGACCAGGAUUGCCGAGUACUCGUACGGGCACCAGAAGAAGUCGGGCAAGAAGAAGAAGAUCAACAAGAACGACAUUCGCCUGGUUCCCCGGGAUGUGGAGGAGAACGACAAGAUGAACGUGGUCAGCUGCUCCUCCCUGACCUCAUCCCUCAACUACUUCGACUACCACCAGCAGACCCUGCCUCUGGGCUGCCGCCGCUCUGAGAGCACCUUCCUGAACGUGGAGAGCCAGGGCGGCCGGGGCGCGGGCUCCAACAACAUCUACCACCACACCUUCACGGUGCAGAGUGCCCAGCAGCCCGACCUGAUCAUCAACGGGGUGCCGCUCCCCGAGACGGAGAACUACUCCUUUGAUGCCAACUACGUGAACAACCGGGCCCACUUGAUUAAGAGCAGCUCCACAUUCAAGGACUUGGAGGGAAAUAGCCUGAAGGACAGCGGGCAUGAGGAGAGCGACCAGACUGAUAGCGAGCAUGACAUCCAGCGGGGCCUGUACUGCGACACCGCUGUCAAUGAUGUCCUGCAUAGCAGUGGCGCCUCCGUGGGAGCUCAGCUUCCUGACCAUGAUCAAAAUGAAGGCUUUCAUUGCAGGGAGGAAUGUCGCAUUCUCGGUCAUUCAGACCGGUGCUGGAUGCCCCGGAAUCCUCUUCCUACUCGGGCCAAGUCUCCGGAUCGUGGAAGAAACAUCAUCACCCUGUCUAUUGAAGCCACUGCCGCCGAUGUGGAGGUUUACGAAGACUGCACCACCAAGAGGACUUUUGCGACCUUCGGCAAGGAUGUCGGUGACCACGCAGCUGAAGACCGUUCUGCCCAGAAAGGCAAGAGAGCAGUUGACCUGUCCGUCUGCAGCCCCAAGGUCACCAGUGCCAUCCGUGAGGCAGGCAACGGUUGCGAAGCCAUCAGCCCGGUCACUUCGCCCCUCCAUCUGAAGAGUUCUGUGGCCGCCAAGCCAACAAUGGUCACCUACAGUGCCAUCAUUCACUGCCCUGCUACCCACACCGUGGAGCAGUUUCCAAACAAUGGGCCUUCUCGUCCUACUGAAGCAGAACCUCGAGGAGCUGACAGCGAGAAAGUGGUGCGCGAAGUCAACCCUCUCCUAGAGGAGAGCCCGGAGAAAGAAUCCCCGGGAGCCAAGAGGGUGAAGGACAUCGUGCUGUAAGCUGGGCACAGCCAAAAGAGGGACAACCAUGGCAACAGAUACAGAGAACAACCAUGGUGAUGGAUGUGCAGAACAACCAGCUCAACUGCUUUUUCGUGACUCACCAAUGCCUGUAUUUCCAAGCUUUCCCUAAGUGUAUUAUUUGUUUGUGAAUGAUACCGUCAAAAUGUGACAAUCCCUCUUGUUUCAACAGGCAACAGGGGUGUUCAUUUGGAGCAAAUUAGCUUUGGUUUCUCGGGGCCUUGGGGUGGGACAAAAGUAAGACAAAUUGAGUUGUAAGAAGUAUUAUGUCUUAAGUAUUUUGAAUUUCUAUAUUUUUCUAUAGUAAAAUUAUAAUGUAAAUUACUAUUGUUCAUGGAGCCGAAACUAGCCCAAACUGCACCUGGGGCGAAUUUAGUUGGGGGAGGAAGAGGUGCAGAGCACAAACUAAAGGUUAGAGGAAGUCAUCUCAGAAGAGGGCUGCCAUAUUGAGGGGUUAGGACCCAUUGCCGGUCCACGUCUCUUGAGGACCUUGAUGGGGAAGAACAGGGGACAGCAGUCACCAUGAGGAGAAAGCAGAGCCUCAUAGGGGUACCCUGGACUGAAGGCUCAUGUGCCCUAUUCUAAUCACGGCUCUGAUUAUUUGUGAAAAAUUAAAAAAAAAAUUAAAAACAAAAAACAAAAAAAAA